GGCUGGAAGAAUGUCCAAACGUUGUGUGGAAUCGCGGCGGUUUCCCACCACAAUGUUCCUCAAAAUGCUCCAGUCGAUCGGAAAGAAGACGGAGUUAAUAUGGCUGUCCACAAUUUAUCUGUCAGUGUAGUAAGCUCGCCUUGUGCUGCCGACACGACGCGCAUAACAACCCAUUUAGUUCCCAUCAUUUCAGAGCUUCUUGUCCCCUCCCCUCCAGACACAGACAACAACAUACACCUUAAUAGGGGCGCGUCUCCGACACAGCCGCCGACCAAUAACCCGUCUGUCUGGGCAGAGACCAAGGGGAUGAGCGCUCGCCGAGGCCCAAUCAGCGCUUUUGUGUUGCCUGCCGGUGCCGGGGACUGGUCGUGAAGAGCUACAGCAGCGCUUCAGGAUCGGAGAGUGAACCCGGAGCCAGAGGAACCUGAAGGGUAAAGGCGAGUCAGGAUGGAGCGGAUGUCUGAGGAGGCGUUGAGGCUGAACCUGCUGAAGCGGGGUCUGGAGGCGCCAGAUGAGCGGGAGGCCAAGCGCCUGAAGAUGGAGGGUCACGAGGCCAUGGAGAGGCUGAAGAUGCUUGCCCUCCUCAAACGCAAGGAUCUGGCUGCUUUAGAAGGGGCGGCGGUUGCUGCAGCCAUGGCAGAGGGCAAAGGUCCCGGGGGCAGCCAGGGGCUGAUGGGUGCUGUGCCCUACGAGGAAAAGAUGAACGGAAGUUUGAGAGUCGGGGGCCAUGGAGGUCCCAGCAAGAAUGGGAAGGAAAACAUAGUAGAUGAGCCAGUGGACAUGAGUGCCAGAAGGAGUGAAAUGGUUCGAGAGCGACGCACUCCGUCACCAGACGUUAUCAUUUUAUCAGACAACGAGGCGUCCAGCCCAAGGAGCACACCUCACCCUGAGGAGAAACAGCAUCAGGCCAACCUGGAGCUGUUUAAGGGGAAGACUGGCGAGGAGCGGCAGCAGAUGAUCAAAGCUCUCCGAGAGGAGCUUAGGCUGGAGGAGGCCAAGCUGGUGCUCCUGAAGAAACUGAGACAGAGUCAGAUGCAGAAGGAGAACGUGGUGCAAAAGCUGCCAAUGCAUCUUUGCCCCCCAUGAUGAUGUCACAGCGGGUUAUUGCACCCAACCCUGCCCAGCUUCAGGGUCAGAGAAUGCCCUCCAAGCCUGGCAUGGGCCGCUCCUCCACGGGCGGUUUGGGUAAUGCAGUGAGCUAUCAGCAGGCUGCCAGCCAGCAGGUGGGGGUCUCGCAGCGCUCGGGCUCCUCUGCGAUCUACAUGAACCUGGCACACAUGCAGGCAGCGGGAGCUGGCGUCGGGGUGGGUGUCAGCGGGGUCGGUGCCGUCAGCCCAUCCACCCUAUCCAGCGCCUCCAGCGUCGCUUCUCUGAACGACCAGGCCAGCAGCCAAGCAGCCGCUAAACUGGCCCUGCGCAAACAGCUGGAGAAGACCCUGCUGGAGAUACCUCCACCUAAACCCCCAGCACCCCUGCUGCACUUUCUGCCCUCUGCUGCCAACUCUGAGUUCAUCUACAUGGUGGGGUUGGAAGAGGUGGUGCAGAGCGUCAUUGAUAGUCAGGGUAAAAUGCGGGGGUCACUGCCACACGUGGAGCCGUUCUUCUGUGCCCAGUGCAGGACUGACUUCACCCCACACUGGAAGCAGGAGAAGAGCGGCCGCAUCCUCUGCGAGCAGUGCAUGACGUCCAAUCAGAAGAAGGCCUUGAAGGCCGAGCACACCAAUAGGCUGAAGAACGCUUUCGUCAAGGCUCUGCAGCAAGAACAGGAAAUCGAGCAGAGGUUGCAGCAACAGGCCGCUCUGUCUCCCAGCUCCGCCCAGACCGUGCCCAGCGUGAGCAAAGCGGAAACCAUGAUCCGACACCAUGCCCUCCGACAGACUCCCCAGCCACAGGCCGCUCUACAGCGGAGCCUGUCCAGCUCAGCACGAGGAGUCCUCUCUAACUUCGCCCAGGCCUCCCAGCUCUCGGUGGCCAGUGGGCUGCUGGGUAUGACAAGCAAGCGCUGUGGCAGCAGCAGCAGUUCCAGUGGCGGCAGUCGGGCCCAGCAUGACAGCCGCAGGCAGAUCUACAAUAUCCCUGGUCUGAAUAUUGCCUAUCUAAAUCCUGGAGCCAUUGGGGGCCACAAGGCAUCCAGUCUAGCGGACCGUCAGCGGGAGUAUCUGCUCGACAUGAUCCCCCCGCGCUCCAUAUCCCAGUCCAUCACCGGACAGAAAUGAGCCCCGACGGGACUGCAGACCCCCCCACCCACUUUCGGACGCCCCACCACCCCUCCGUUCUACAUCAGAACAUCCCGACCCCCCCCCCCCAACACAUACACACGCACACACCAUCACCCCAUCGCAUGCAGUGCCUGUCCGUGUGCCUACCCAACUAACCCAUAAGAACAGCUCAAUCAGUCAGACUUUAAACACCAGACUGUGCAUCUCAAACUUCGGUUUCCUACUAUAGCAAAGCUCUUUAUUGUUAUCUCAACUUAUUAUUGCUGUUGUUAUUGCUACUUCUAUUAUUAUCACAGUUAUUAUUAUUAGUAUUAUUGUUGCUUCUGUUACAGUUACUCUUAUUACACUUAUUAGUAGGUUUAGUGGUUUUUGCAUCUUUUUACGUUCUUCCCCUAAUGUUUUUCUUUCGAGAGGGAGGAUGCCAGAUUGCAGGGUCACUUAAAAAAUCUCCAAGCAUUUUUGGUUCAUUUGAAAUCUUCCUCCCUCAGUCGCCCAUGUAAAAUUAGACUCGUUCUCUCUCACGUCGUAUAUAUGUUCAGAGUUGGAAUGGUUAAGGCGUUCUUACCUGCGGAGAGAGAAAGAGAGAGAAGAAUCUUUGUAGCGGUACACGUUUGGAAACUACAAAGUCCUCCGAGAACCUUCUGGUUCAGAGAGAUUGAGACCGACUCAUGUACAUUGAUCAGAUUGAUCCUUAUGCAGAGUGCUGAUCUAGUCAACGUCGAGAAGGCCACACGAACCGAAAGCGGACCUGCGCUGGCACGGAUGAGUCUCCUGCUGUCGAAUGUACGGAGAAACUGUCGAAUCCGAGACCUGUUACCGAGCAGGAUCUCUCCCGUGUCUCUCACUUUCACAGGAUGCAGUGAUGUCGUAUAACUCCUUUUGUGGUGACGUCGUGUUUCACUGCACAGCAGAGAAUGAAGCCAGAGAGUCCCGUCUCCAUGAACUUUUGUCUCUUUUUGAUUUUUCUUUCUGCUUGGGUGUUUUUUGGACUUCGUCGGGCGGCGUCUCCGUCUGAAAUGGCCGUGUAUCUUAAAGGUACUUGCCACGGGAGACGAUAAUCAUUGAUAUGUCAAAUAGGUGGAAUUAUUGGUAAAAAAAAAACACACAAAAAAAAAAAAAAACGGUUUAUGCGUAGAUUAACGUGAGUUUUAACAGAAGGCAUUGACAAGGAUCAAUCAUCAUGUUAAAGCAAUGCACAUGAGAUGCCUCGUUAUGGAGGAGCACUUUUCUUCUUAAUAAGUGGAAAAAAAUGGUUAAACGAAAGAGGAUAAGAAUGUUUCAGCUUGAGGUAUGGAUGCCAUCGGAUGUCUCGGAGAGAGUCGGGAGAAAGACCUGCUUUUUCGACCCCAUGUUGAAUGAAUGCAUUUCAAGAUACGGUACUUGUGUUUUUUUUAGACAUGCAAGCGUUCCUGGAGGCGAUGGUGACCGUACAAGCAGUGUUUAGUCGAUAUGCAGUAUUAGGGAUUCUGUGCAGGAUGACUUCGGACUGCGCCUGUGCUCCGUUUCACCAAUGGCUUUCUGAAGGGUUUAACAUCUGCUUGUUGUCAAGGAGUUGAGCACUUAACUUUUUUUUUUUUUCCCCUUCCCGAUCCUAAGCAUUUACCAUGACACGUUUGGUUCUUUUGGAAAUCAGACUUUAGAGGUCUGUCAUGCAGGUCAUGUUUAAUAGCCGUGAGGAAACUCGAAGCUAUGAAGUGGUGAAUUAUUGGAAAUGAAUCUGUGCACAUGCGUCUUUCUGUCAUGUGAAUAGUCACUGAUCCUUGCAGUUUUUUUUUUUAAACUGUGUCCUGUAUAACGCCACUGAUUUGUGGUGGAACGAUGCAACUUUUGAACAAAACAAUUUUGAAGCUACCUUGGAUUAAAUUUUCAGGUGCAAUAUUAGAUGAUAGGAUGUUUACAUUUUUAUUCAUUUUUUUUUCCUUUUUUUUCCUGGUUAUGAAAAUAAAUCAGUCCCUUUUACUCAUUCUGUUCAGCCUUUGAUAGUAUCUUUUCUCAAUUUUAUGAUCUGUAUUUUUUUUUCUUUUUUCUUUUUUUAAAUGAACGUAGGGUGUUUAUAAUAACUCAUUUCUCUCUCCUGCUCUCUCUUGUAGACUAUAUUAGAUGCAUCCAUAUACCUGUGUUCAUGUAUUUACGAGAAAGUUGGAUUUUGAAGUUUAACUUCCUUUUUGACUCCUCGAUUAAGUUCCAUUUUUGUUUGGUUGUUUAAUUUCAGCUGUUUCUUAAAAAAAAUAAAAGAAAGAAAAAAGGAGAAAAAAAAUCAAAUUUAAUCAAACAAAAAAAAAUGUAUGAACAGAUGAUGACACGAUAUUUGCUAGGUCAGAAGUAAUAAUGACUUAUUGUACAUAUGCUUUUUUCUCCCUUGAAUUAAAAAUAAUGAAAUGAAAUUAAAAUGGUUGUAUAUUGUGUAGAAAAGCAAACAAAAAGCCAUGAAUAUUGUGAAGCUUGUCAUUUCGUUUUGUGAUCACUGUGUAUUAUUGUGUAACAAAUGUGCAAAAUGUAUGGGAUUAUACUUCUCUUGUUUUUGAAUGAGCUCUUUAGAUGCAUUUUCUCCCCGGCUGUACGUUUUUUGUAGUAUGUAGUAUUUGCAGAGGAAAAAAAAGUUCAUUGUUCUGGUGGAUCCAUCCAUUCUGUAGUCUUUGGACUAAGACAUGAUGGGACAGUCUCGUAUGUUACGUUUUUUUUUUUUUUUUUUUUUACCACAAUUUAUUUCAAGCAUUGAUGUUCAGUGAAUAAGUUCCUUUCCCUAAUGUCCCACACAAAGUGUUGGUCUUACAGAACAUGGACUGGAUAAAACAUUUGACAGUAUUAGUCCUCACCUGACCAAAUCCAAAGCGAUCAUCAUAAAUAUUAAAAUCAAAGCAUGCUAAUGCUUUAGAUAAAUAACUGGGUGCAGAAAACCCUACAGGGGAGAUUGUGUACAUUUGUUUUCUAUUGCUUACAGUACAAACUUUCUUCAAUAUAUCCCUAUUUUUUUUUUCUUUCUAGGGAAAAAUCACAAUGCUCUUAUUAUUAUUUUCUUUUCAUGGAAGAUUGUAUACAUUGUAUACGAUGAAGAAAAAAAAACUUGUUUGUUUGUUUUUGACUGUUCCAAUGCUUCUUGCCUUCAGCCUUUAAAUCAUAAGAAAUCAUAAGAAAAAAAUGGACAAUUCGCACACAUGCAAGUUUUGAUCCUAAGGUUUGUGACUAUUAGAUAUACUUUUUCAAGAUUCAUGUCAUGGAAUCACUGUCCAUAAUUCUCUGACUGGACAAUCAGCUUUUCUGGAGUUCUAACGCUGGGGUUUACUUCUCUCUUCAAUUUUUUUUUUUCUCUACAAUUUUUCCCCCCUCUCCCUGAUUUUUAUUUGUUGCAAGUCUCUUUUUUUUGUUAUUGUUGAAGUGGGAGAGAGGGCUUUUGGUCAUCAUUUUUUUUCUGAAUUUCAUCUGAACUUUCAUAUAUUUUUAAAUAGCUGCAAUUUACCCAGUUUGAAUUUUAAAGCAAAUGGCAAUAUGUUGAAAUCCGUUUGUAAAAGAAAACUAUGAUUAAUUAAAUUGUGUACAGUAAAAAAAAAAAAAAAGUACUGGAGAUUGGCUUAUUGAUUUUAGUCAAGGAAAAGUGCUUUUUGUCAAGUUUUUAUUUUCAUUUAGAACAUUAAUCCAGACCUUUUGCACAUCCUUGAUAUUUAACUGUCUAAAAUGGAGAUGAAAAAAUGCUGUUUGAUUACUGCCGGUUGAUUAACAACAAUUAUGCAUUGACUGAAAAAAAAAUAAGCUAAUUUUGGAGGAAAUAACUUUGUAAUAUUUAUCACUUGCAAGCUAUGUUUAAUAAAGGAUGGAACAGUUUA